AAAAAAAAAGUGAAGACAAGCACAAAGUAGCUAACACACAAAAGAGGGCCAGCGCCAGGGCCUGCUGCCACUGCUUAUAAACAGAAACGGCCAUCACCAUUUCCUCCGCCGGCUUUUCGUCAUCUUCCUUAUUUCGUAUAUAUAUCUCCUUUCUUAUUGGAGAAAGGAAAAUUUCUAAUUUACACUACUAUUAUUUUCUUCCCAUUUUAAUUUGAUGGCGAAAACAUCAAAAUCAAAUACUACUGCAACUUCAUCUUCUUCUAGCAACAAAUGUGAUAGUAAAGCGAAACGUAGCAACAAAAUUGAUAGCAAUGCUAUUGGUAAAGUGAAACGAACGCGAAAGAGCGUUCCUAGAGACUCUCCUCCUCAACGUAGCUCAAUUUACAGAGGAGUUACUCGGCACCGAUGGACUGGCCGAUACGAAGCUCAUCUAUGGGAUAAAAAUUGCUGGAAUGAAACACAGAACAAAAAAGGAAGACAAGUUUAUUUGGGAGCCUAUGAUGAUGAAGAAGCAGCUGCACAUGCAUAUGACUUAGCGGCGUUAAAGUAUUGGGGUCAAGACACCGUCCUUAAUUUCCCUGUAGCUACGUAUGAAAAUGAGCUAAAGGAAAUGGAAGGUCAAUCAAAAGAAGAGUAUAUUGGUUCUUUGAGAAGAAAAAGUAGUGGGUUUUCAAGGGGAGUAUCAAAAUAUAGAGGCGUAGCAAGACACCAUCACAAUGGAAGAUGGGAGGCUCGAAUUGGAAGGGUAUUUGGCAAUAAAUAUCUCUACCUUGGAACAUAUGCUACUCAAGAGGAAGCAGCAACAGCAUAUGAUAUGGCAGCUAUUGAAUACCGUGGACUAAACGCCGUUACAAAUUUUGACCUUAGCCGUUACAUUAAAUGGCUACGUCCCUCUGACCAAACAAAUGAAAAUACCAUUAAUAACCCUGAACCAAACCCUAACCCUAUUGACAUUCAUCUCAUGCCAACAAAUUUAAACCAACAACAAAGCUCAGGCUGCGAUGUAACUGUCGCGGCUCUGCCACAUCCAGGUGGCGGAGCCGCGACUUCAUCAGCAGCACUAGAACUUUUGAUGCAGUCUACAAAGUUCAAGGAAAUGCUCGAAAGAACAUCGGAGGUAAUUGAAUGCCCGGAAACUCCACCGGAGCCAGACCGACCACGGAGGAGCUUCCCUGAUGAUAUACAAACCUAUUUUGAUUGCCAAGAAUCAAGUAGCUUCAUUGAGGAGCAUGAUAUUAUUUUUGGUGACUUGGAUUCUUUAACAUUGCCAAUGUUUCAGUGUGAGUUUAUUAAUUAAUUAAUAACUA